AUGCCUGUUACUUACGUCACCUACCUCUCGCUUUUUGUUCAAUGCAGCAUUAUUGUUGCCUGGAGUCCACACGCCCUUUUCAACCAGUCGUUCAGUGGCCCCAACUAUACCGCCUACACACAUCGAUUGCUUGUAAACCGUCCUGCCGAGAUUCCCUGUUUUAGGCCCAUCGACUGUCCUAUAACCGGUCCCACCCAAACUUAUACUGCCUAUUGGAGCCAUCGUGGGUUUAAUCUUACCACAACUGGGAGCCCCUUCAUUUCCGCCUACUGGGAUAUCGGAGGCACUCUUGUCAUUAACACCAUUCUUCCUCACCAAAUAAAUCUUUGGUGUCACCUUAAAACAGAUAACACCUCUCGCCUCUUUGUUCACCGGCUGGACUUCAUUGAGUUUCCCUACAUUCAAACCGUUUUCGCUGUCGACAUGAACGCCACUCUGACCACGAAUGCGACAAAGGCCUUUCAGGAAUUUAUCCUUGGCCAAAAGACCAAUUGCAUUGUCCUGCUUGAGGGUGGUGGAAUGUCUGCGCUAAAGGAAGUUGCUGGCAUUGAUUUGAGGAAAGCGGUCUUCCAGAAAACGGCUAUUCUAGAAGCAGCACAAGAGAUCUGUCAAACUGAAUUUGACUGUAUCGGAGUCAGUUUAGACUUCUUUCAGUGCUACCUUCACAUGGGCCAGAAAGCAGCUCUCUACUCAAUUGAUUUCAGUAUAAUGCAUAGCAUUGAUAUUGGGGUUUUUGUGAACAGAGAUGACUUUCAAAUAGACAGUAAGAUAAAACAGACUGUCUUGCGGUUAAUCGACUCAAUAAAACGCACUAAGGGGAAAAUAAUGUCCACAGGGUUUGGAAAAGUGCCAAGAACUGAUGUGAGUCUUUAUAUAAAUGUGCAACAUCGGACGGUUAAGAUAUGCCUCGGUGAGGCUGGAGUGCUGAAUAGAAGGGGAAGGGCAGAAUGCGAGCUUUGUCCUGCCGGAUCCCUCGCAGAACUUCAAAUCACCCUGCCUCCACCUCCUGAUCAGGCAGUCAACAUGCAGGCGGGUGAUGAGGAAGCAAAUCAGGAAUCCCUUCACAAUAUGCUGUGGCCCCAUACGGGUGCGGUCACUUCAUGUCGGCCCUGCCCCGCGUGUUCGUACACGGAGACUCUUGGUCGCUCCUCUUGUCUACCAUGUCCGAGCUGGCAUAGCAUCCCCAUCUUUGGUACCAUUCCUGGAGAGGGCGGUGAGUGGAUUGAUCUCGUCUGUCCGCGCCAGGGACGUUGGCAGCUGUUACUGAAUGACUACGUGACUGAGGCUUACGGCUACUGGCCAGUUGGCAAAUGGUUUGAAGACCUGUCGGAGCUCGCUAGAGUGUGGAUAUACGUAGUUGUGGCACUGGGCUCCGUCUUUUUCGUCCUAGCUGUUGUCUUGAUUGCAUAUUGUUGCGUGGAUGUCGCGGGGAUGCUCUCCAAGUCGGCACAUGAACUGCGACCACUCUACACUGAGGCGGCACUAGUGGUGAAGAAUACGAAACGAGUGGAGCGGGAAAGAACCACUAAAGCAGCGGAAAGAUUACGUCAAUUGAUGAAGGAGGAUCAAAGCCAUCAAGCUAAUUACUAA